CGUGUGUCGUUGGCAGUGUGAAAGUUCACAGGGCAUGCAAGGGUCGUGUUUUUAGCGAGCUAUGGCUGCCUUGAGUUGGUUAACUUGCAGACAGCUGCCGCGGAUUGCAUCUCAGUUCGCUCGGGUUGUGAAGCACGUCAGGCCGCAGUACCUCGGGGGACUGCGGGUGAGGGGAGUCCACGGGUCGUCGCGGAAAUGGGUGGUUGAGAAGGGGCCAUGGGACAAGGCUCGGAUGCCAGAGUAUCAUCAGCUGACAGAACUCGAUAAGGCGGAUGCCUUGAUGCUGAGAAAGUCCCACGAAACCGGGUUCCUGUCUUGGUUCCGUAACGGACUCCUGGCCACCGGGAUCGGGGUCAUCGCUUUCGUCCAGAGUGACGUGGGACGAGAGGCAGGAUAUGCCUUCUUCAUCCUGGGUGGUGUGUGUGUAUCGUUCGGCGGGGUAUCCUACGUGGGCAGCCUGUUUUCCCUGAGGAGGAUGAUGCUUCUCUCCCUGCCUGCCGUGCUGCUGAAUGUUGCUGUGGUGAGCAGCAUCGCCCUCUUCUGGCUGUGUGCGGUAUCGCUCUACAUCGGACGCCUGGAGGUGGAGAUUAUACAUGAGGAUGACGAUGACGGAGGGGAGUGUCCAGACUGUCGGGACCGCCGCGACCGCAGCAACCACUCCCAUGGUGAUAGGCACCACGGCAACGACAAAGGCCAAGACAAGUAGAGCGUUUGAGUUGCAAAGGUGACGAGGUGUGUGUUUGUUUCUUUGUGUGUGAGUGAGUGAGUGAGACAGAGAGAGAGGACUGAGAGGGAGUGUGUAUGACACUCAAAGACAUGUGGGAAUAAAGGGGAUCAGUGAAAGGGAUGAUUUGUGUGUUGUUUGGUUCUAUCUUCUGUGAUAGUAGUUUGUGUGUGUGGGUGAUUAUGUGUUAAAUUGCUGUGAUAAAGGGUUAAUUUUAAGUUAAUAAUAUCAGAUGUUAGAAUUUUUUUUUUUUAAGUUUUAUUUUACACAUACACACACAAUCUGUGAGAGUGCCUUGUUUGAGUAUAUUUACUCCUGAUUAUGUUUACUUUAUGAAUCAAAGAGCCCUGUACCAUUACAAAGCCAUACUCUGAGCCAACUCAUGCUGUGUUCACCUAAAUAUGGUUUUGAUUGAUGCUAUUUUUUGCUAUCUAUACAAAGGACUACUUGGAUUCUCUGUAGUCAUCAAUGCUGGUGACAUAGAAUGAGGAGAUGUAGCCUAUAUUGCUGUGUUGAAUGGAUGAAUUUUGUUGAGAAACUAUACCAUUUGUAUAACCUGUAUGGUUAAUGUUUGUCUGAGAUGAUACAGAGUACAUUUAGGUAUUGUUAGCCUGUAGCCUGAUCCACCAUCCUGACCUGACCGCUGCGCUACAGAACAUUAGCUUGCGAGACCUUGAUGGUGGAACGAGGUGAGUUAGUCUCUGGGGUAGAGAUAAUCUGUAUGGAGUUGCAGUGUGAUGUACUUGAUUUCUGCAUGGACUUCUGUACAACUUAUUGUACAUCAUUAGACUUUAUGUAUGUAUGAAUAUGUACAUAAACACAGUUACAAAAUCAAA